CUGCUGUUGUAUACAUUAUUGUCGCCGCAGUCCCAAUUAUGAUGGAUAUAAUAAAGAUCGCAGAGCUCACCUGUCCGGAGUUCCACGAGCUUGAAACUACCGCAGUAUCAAUCUGCGAGGUCGAACAUUUGUCGUCUUAUAAUUGGAUUGAAGCAUCGGUCUCCACUAUUGCUGUCCCGGGCAUCAGUGACCUUUCAAGUCAGGGACAAGGAUUCAGCCAAUCAUUAGUCCUGAUACCUCCCUCGGCCCCGUAUCAAUCAUGCAGCUCCAUCACAUCACAUAAACUUAUUGAGAAAUUAAUCAAAUACUACCCACUUAUGAGCGAUCUCCGUCAACAGGGCAGCCCGCUGCCAUCGUACUGACACCACAAGUGGUACACGUCAUCAGUGUCGGAAGCAAGAGGUCCAUCCGGUGUCACACCGCCUAAUGGCACAACAAAGGGACAGUGUUACCAAUCUCGUGCAAUCUGCCGCCAAUGAGCAUUACAGCUAUUGUUGAUAACCCGGAAGAGGGCUCGGCAGAAGAGCCAAUUGAGAACGUGGCGAUGACUAUCAAAGGAG